CGGAGCGUUUCUCAGGAGUUUCAUACAUGACUUCCCGAUUAUCCGCACCCAAGUUGGGCCACUCGAGUUCGGGACAUUAGCCGCCGCGCAGCCGAGCCUACAGCGAUGACGGAGAGCUCCGCCAACAAACUGCUCAACGGGGACGUCUGUCGCCGCGCCUCGAGUGGCCAGAAAGCGAGCAAAAAUGGCUUCGUGAAGAACCACUGCCUGUUCCAACAGCCGCAGAAGUAUCGUCGCCCCGGGGAGAAGAAUCAACAUGGCGCACACAACAACUCAAGUCUGUACAAGAGGCCCUUUGUGGAAUCAUUUGAGCAGACACCUCUACUGGUUGCUGUGCUUACCUACGUGGGCUACGGCAUCCUCACCAUCUUCGGCUACCUCCGGGACUUCCUCCGCCACUGGAAAAUCGGGAAGUGCAGCAUGGCCAGAGAACGGGAGGAGCAGAAGGACUUUGUCCCGCUUUAUCAAGACUUUGAGAACUUUUACACCAGAAACCUUUACAUGCGGAUCCGAGACAACUGGAACCGACCCAUCUGCAGUGUCCCUGGGGCAAAGAUGGACCUGGUGCAGCGGGUUUCCCCUGACUACAACUGGACCUUCCAGCACACAGGCAGAGUGGUGAAGGACGUCAUCAACAUGGGCUCAUACAAUUAUCUGGGCUUUGCGGAGAACACUGGCCCUUGUGCUGACGCUGCGCUUGAGGUCACACAAAAGUAUGGCGUGGGAGUGGGCAGCACUCGCUGUGAAUUGGGGAACCUGGACAUCCAUGAGGAGCUGGAGCAGCUGAUCGCCAGGUUCCUGGGCGUGGAGUCCGCUAUGGCUUUCGGCAUGGGCUUCGCCACUAAUUCCAUGAACAUUCCUGCUCUUACCGGAAAGGGGUGUCUUAUCUUAAGUGACGAGUUGAAUCAUGCAUCGCUGGUGUUGGGCGCCCGUCUUUCCGGCUCAACAAUCCGGGUCUUCAAACAUAACAACAUGCAAAGCCUGGAAAAGCUCCUGAGAGACGCUAUCGUACACGGGCAGCCAAGAACCCAUCGACCCUGGAGAAAGAUUCUCAUUAUUGUAGAAGGAAUUUACAGUAUGGAGGGUUCAAUUGUGCGCCUGCCGGAAGUGAUCGCCCUCAAGAAGCGCUACAAGGCUUUCGUGUACCUGGACGAGGCCCACAGUAUUGGGGCACUGGGGCCUCACGGCAAAGGAGUGGUGGAUUUCUUUGGCCUGGACCCCACAGACGUGGACGUCAUGAUGGGAACGUUCACCAAGAGCUUUGGCAGUGCCGGAGGAUACAUCGGUGGCAAAAAGGAGCUGAUCGAUUAUCUGCGGCAGAACUCUCACAGCGCCCUGUACGCCACCUCGAUGCCCCCUCCUGUGGCCCAGCAAAUCAUCACCUCCAUGAAGAUCAUCAUGGGCGAGGAUGGGACCACAUUGGGUGCGGACCGCCUCCGACAGCUGUCCGAGAACACCACCUACUUCCGCAGGAAACUUCGGGAAAUGGGCGUCAUCAUCUAUGGCAACAAGGACUCGCCGGUCAUACCCGUGAUGCUCUACAUGCCCGCUAAAAUUGGGGCGUUUGGUCGAGAGAUGUUGAAGCGCAACAUCGGAACCGUCGUCGUGGGCUUCCCGGCAACCCCCAUCAUCGAAUCCCGAGCACGUUUCUGCAUUUCGGCGGCCCACAGCAGGGAAAUGCUGGACACAGUAUUAGAGGCCAUGAACGAAGUGGGCGACCUCCUGCAGCUGAAGUACUCCAGACAGUCUCCUCCCUCCGUCAGGUGGACGUCCGAGGAAAGCCAGCUCCAGGACUGAGCCACGUCGCCCACACGUUGAGUCCCCAUGUCCGGCCGUCUCCCCCGAAUCCAUCCGCUUUUAGUACCAGGCCGCCACUCUGUACCUCUUUUACACCACACUUCAAACCUCAGAAGCCUGAAUCAUUUAGGUACUUUUAUGUUUAGGCCAUGGGUGUCCAAACUAAGUCCCGCGGGCCAACAAGUCUCUUCAAUUUGGCCCGCGAGACGUCAUGAGUUCAACAAAGCAUCUCACCGCGGAGUGCUUUCAAAUUAACCUUAAUUACCAGGCAGUUUCUUAAUGCUACAUAUUGGCUGGCAUCUUGUGGAAAAUGUGAGUAAAUCAGAUCAUGACCCUUGAAAGGUCUUAGUAAUAUCAGCAGGGCAUUUACUUAUACCACACAAUUUAAACAACCUUCCCUAGUCAUGGUGCAGGAAAAAAAAAAUGCAACUAACACAAAGUGUCAACAAAACAUGGUCACACAUAACACAACCUGCUCACUGAACUUUGUUGAUAUUACGCAAAAUGUCCAAACACCAUAAAAAAAUCUAAAUUACACCCAUUACAGUCCAUGAUGGAAACAUGCAAAACACUCUCCACACGUAUCCAUGUUUGGCACAUUUUAACUGCUUGAUAUUUCUGAUUGAUUACAAAACUUUACUUUAAAUAUCCAAGCAUUAAUUAUACAUCCAUCAUGUUAAUAUAAUGUGUACACAGACACAUAUAUAAAUAUAUUAAUAUGUAUGUAUGUAUAUAUGUAAAUGUGUGUGUA